GUUAUUUCUGCUAAUAAAAUUAAACAAGCUAUUUAUUUGUUCUUUGGUCCCCAAAUAUAAUAUAAUAUAAUAAUAAAUAAAAUGUUUUCACAUUUGUUGUUUAAGGAACAGACAUAAUAUCAAUAAAGUAAUAAACAAAGUCACCGUUUUAAAAACAAUAGAUUUAAAUUGAUCUUUUUUCACCAAACUUAAAGAAAAUACACUUUUGUCCCCUUCAGGCCUUCGUGGGAAUUGCAACCUUAGUUUCAGUUUAUUUCAGCCAAUAGAAACUACAAAAACAACCAAGAGAAAGAAGAAAAGAAGAAGUAUAAUACCAACAUCCGCUCUGUUGUCAGAUUCCCCUUCCACAUUUUCCACAUUGCAAAAAUCACAUGGGUGUAAAAUUAUUUUGUGGACCCCCUGCCUGUGGCCCACUGGGGAUCAACAAAUCCAUGAUGAAAACAAUGUGCCAAAUCUCCUGAUUCAGUGGAAUCAUGUAUAAUGGACGUGAAAAUGAUGAUGUUAUGGGACACAUUCUCAUGUAUUUUACUAUAUAUGUAGUCGGCCAUUAACCUGUUAAAGCCAUCUUCUAAAAAUGUGUCAAUUUCUGAGGAGAACAUCACCCAAAGCAUCACACUGCCUCUAUCAGUCUUCCCAUAAUGCAUCCUGGAGCCAGUUCUUCCAAAGUUAAGCCAUGCCCAUGCACCUGGAUGUUCCCAUGAUGGAAAAGACAACCUGAAUAUCAGACCAGUUCCAUGGUCCAGUUCCAAUGUUCACGUGUCCAUUGUAGAAGCUUUGGGUGAGGUGCAGGUGGUGUCAGCAUGGGUUCUCUGAGUGAUCUACAGCUACACAGCUCUGUAUGUUCCAUCAGUCAGCAUUCAACCCCCAACGUUCUUCACAUGCAUUAAUGAGCCACCCAGAACUUCCAUGUCUCCAGGGCAAUGGAUUUCCUUCCUUUUGUAGCUACCUACCACUGCAUAUAAGAUCAACCCACAACACCUUCCAUCAAAGUCACUUAGAUCUUCCCCUCAGCCAUUUCUCCUGCUUCUAAUCAACACAUUAACUUCACUUCCUGAAUAAUAAAUCCAGCAAUAAAUCCAGAUUUUGAAGUGCAGAAUUACUGCAGUCUGGGAAAGUGAAAGUAAAAGCAAAUAUCUGAGUUACAGCAAGUUUCAGUUUAAUACCCAACAGAUUUCCAGAUCUACAGCAGCGUACAGGUGCAGAUCUACAGCCGGAGCAGCAGCGUACAGGUGCAGAUCUACAGCCGGAGCAGCAGCGUACAGGUGCAGAUCUACAGCCGGAGCAGCAGCGUACAGGUGCAGAUCUACAGCCGGAACAGCAGCGUACAGGUGCAGAUCUACAGCCGGAGCAGAAGAUACGAACUACAGCAACAGAACAUUUGAGGUGAAGUUCACAGAACCCAUAACAAUGAAUUGGCUUCCAAAUAUGUUAUUAGGUCCUAGGAAUCAAAUCUCAAAUCCUGCUAUAAGCAAUACACAAAGUUCAAAUCCUGAAUUUGAUGAGCCAUGGCGGCCAGUGAUAUGGAGUGAAAAUUCUAGGAGUGAGAUGUUGAGAGAAGUAAAGGAUUUCCAGCCUGGUACUACAGAAGUCAGUGAGAUUAGGAUUUUGCUUCAUGGCCCAAUUGGAGCAGGAAAAUCAACUUUAAUCAACUCCAUCAACACCAUCCUCAGAGGAUACAACACAGCUGGUGCACUGGCAGAUUCAUCAGCUGGUCAAAGUCAAAGCUUCACUUUAAAGUUUAAAACUCACAGGCUGAAGAAAGAUGGUCCUGGGAAGUUCUAUCCAUUUGUCUUUACUGACAUAAUGGGUCUGGAAGAAGAGAAGUCAAAAGGAGUGCAAACUAAAGAUAUAAAUAAAAUCUUAAAGGGUCAUGUGAAAAAUGGUUACACUUUUAAUCCUCAAAAACCAAUUGAUAAAGGUGACCCGAGUUACAUCAGUAACCCCAGUCAGAAGGACAAGGUGCACUGUCUGGUCAGUGUUCUACCAGCUGACAAAAUCUCCAUGAUCAGUGAUGGUGUUAUCCAGAAAAUGAGAGCUGUUCGGGAAAAGGCACGUGACUUGGAGAUUCCUCAAUUGGUCAUCAUGUCACGAGUUGACAAAGUAUGUCCCGUAGUAAACAAGAACCUGUGUAAGGUUUACCAAAGCAAAAAAAUAAAAAAGCAGAUGGAAGAGUGCAGUCAAAUGCUGGGAGUGCCGAUGAACUGCAUCUUUCCUGUGCAGAACUACCACGAGCAGAUCACCAGCGACAUGCACAUGGAUAUUCUGAUUCUCAUGGCCAUCACUAACAUCAUUAGAUUUGCCAAUGACUACAUUGAAGAGCAGGUGUACAAUCAAUAAUUUCUUCAACAUGGAUCUGGAUAGUAUCAGUAGAUUACAGAGAUGUACUUAUUAGAUUAAAACAUGUUUAAUCUUUUGACAUGCAAUGAUUCAGGAACUACGUUUUAAAUCAGAAUAUUUAAUGAACCUAAUAGAAAAAUGUGCCACGUAUCUUCUUUGAAUUAUAUUUACUUUAUUUUAUUUAUUUAUUGUUUAUUAUAAUUAUUGUUUGAGUGAUUUUUUUCUAAAUGUAAUACUUAUAUAAAAGACAGAUUUAAUAAAUAGUAAAGUAAUUUGGGAGUUUGGGUUCACGCAUAAUUAUUGCAAACAUAUUAAAUUUGAUGUAAAAAGUGAUUAUAACUACACAUCUAAUUCUGCUUCUAAAGAGUACACUACA